GUGUGAGUGCAUGACGUGUCAUGGCACCUUUCGAGAUUUGAUGUUCGUUGCGAUAUAAUGUUCCAUGCGAUUGACAAACGUAUGUAACGGAGUUACAGGACGGGAAUUAUUAUGAAGUAUUGCGACUAUUUAUUUGAUGUAGUAUCCAAAAUACGUUUUUAGUAGACAAUAGAUACUUUAUAUUAAAAGUGAAUAAUAAUGGCGAGAAUAUUAUCAUCGAUAUGGCUGUUGUGUACGCUCUACGUAGUUACUGAAAUAUCAGCGUUUUACUUGCCCGGUUUAGCACCAGUAAAUUUUUGUAAAACUGAUGAUGAUUCUUCGAAAAAUUGUAAGUCUGAAAUCAAAUUAUAUGUUAAUCGCCUGAAUACUGAGAAAUAUGUUAUACCUUAUGAAUAUGAUCGUUUUGACUUUUGCACUGCGGAAAAAGAAGAAUCUCCAGUUGAAAAUUUAGGGCAAGUAGUCUUUGGAGAACGGAUUCGCCCUUCUCCAUACAAGUUGAAAUUCUUGGAAUCAGUCAAUUGUCAGAAAGCAUGUAAAAAAGUUUAUAAAGGAGGAGAUGAAGCUUCAGAAAAAAAGUUGCAAUUCCUUAAAAAAGGAAUAGCGCUUAAUUAUCAACAUCAUUGGAUCAUUGAUAAUAUGCCAGUCACAUGGUGUUAUCAAAUACAAGAUGAAAAACAAUAUUGUAGUACUGGUUUUCCAAUGGGCUGUUUUACAAAGGAAGCUCGUUCUCAACAGGAUGCCUGUAGCAUUAAUGGUCCAUAUCACAACCCAAAAACAUAUUAUUUAUUCAACCACGUAGAUCUUAACAUAACAUACCACAGUGGAGUCAAAGAAGAAUGGGGAACAAGUUUCAAAGCAAAUGGUGGUCGUAUUAUCUCUGUAAAAGUUAUUCCUCGUAGUAUUAAACACGAAAAUGUCCUAACUUGUACUGGCAAAAAAGCCAUGGAAUUACCAUAUGGUGAUCUUCCUGCUGAUCAAACAUUGGAAAUAACAUAUACAUAUUCUGUAACAUUUUCCCAAGACAAUACAAUCAAAUGGUCAUCCAGGUGGGAUUAUAUAUUAGAAUCAAUGCCACAUACAAAUAUUCAAUGGCUUAGUAUCCUGAAUUCAUUAAUUAUUGUCUUAUUUUUAUCUGGAAUGGUGGCAAUGAUAAUGCUUCGUACAUUGCACAAGGAUAUUGUGAGAUAUAAUCAGGCCUACUUCCAGAUAGAGUCAGGAGAAGAUGCACAGGAAGAAUUUGGAUGGAAACUAGUACAUGGUGAUGUCUUCCGACCACCACGUAAAGGAAUGUUAUUUUCAGUUUUACUUGGUUCGGGUACACAAGUCUUUUUCAUGACUCUUGUUACACUAGCAUUUGCUUGUUUUGGUUUUCUGUCUCCUGCUAAUAGAGGAGCAUUGAUGACAUGUGCAAUGGUAUUAUAUGUAUGUCUUGGAACCUCAGCUGGUUAUGUAGCUGCUCGAAUUUAUAAAAGUUUUGGUGGCGAAAAAUGGAAAUCUAAUGUAUUGCUGACAUCAAUGCUGAGUCCUGGACUUGUCUUCGGUUUAUUUUUUAUAAUGAACUUAAUUUUUUGGGGAAAAGGCAGUUCAGCUGCAGUACCAUUCAGUACUCUUGUUGCUCUUUUAGCAUUAUGGUUUGGAGUUUCCGUUCCAUUAACAUUUAUUGGAGCUUAUUUUGGAUUUAAGAAAAGGUCAUUGGAACAUCCAGUAAGAACUAAUCAAAUACCAAGACAAAUACCAGAACAAAAUUUUUAUACACAACCAAUACCUGGCGUAAUAAUGGGUGGUGUUUUCCCUUUUGGAUGUAUAUUUAUUCAGUUAUUCUUUAUUCUUAACUCACUUUGGUCUAGCCAAGUGUAUUACAUGUUUGGAUUCCUUUUCCUAGUAUUUUUAAUACUUGUGAUUACGUGCUCUGAAACUACUAUCUUACUAUGUUAUUUUCAUCUUUGUGCAGAGGAUUACCAUUGGUGGUGGCGUAGCUUUUUAACAUCAGGAUUUACAGCAUUUUAUUUGUUAAUUUACUGCAUACAUUUCUUCAUGACAAAAUUAGAUAUUGAAGAUGCCACAUCCACGUUCCUUUAUUUUGGAUAUACUUUAAUUAUGGUCUAUCUAUUCUUUCUUCUGACAGGUUCAAUAGGUUUCUUUGCUUGCUUCUGGUUUGUGCGUAAGAUCUACAGUGUUGUAAAAGUUGACUAAUUGGACAAUUAGUAACCAAAAGUAUAAAUAUAAAACGAUUGUGGUACAACAAGAUAAAAUGAUUGAAUAAGAUGAAAUGAAUGAUAACAAGAAUGUCCGAUAGUACAAUGACCAUUUGUUAUUCAUAUAUAACUUAUGUUCAAGUUAUUCAAAUCCUCUUAUUUCAAAUAUUAUUGUGUAAAAAAUAACAUUUAUCUUACAAUAUAAUAUUUGACUAAGAUUUCAUUCAUAAUUUCAUAAGAUAAUUUAGAUAUGAAAGUAUCCAAGAAUAGAAAUCGACUAUCGACCAUUCUUCUUAAUAAAUUUUAUAUAACAAAUAUUGGGAUGCGAGCAAGCUUGCACGCACACCGCGCUCCGUAUGAGUGUAAUCUAAUAUUAUGAUAUUGCGUUUGAAAAAAUUUUUUAGUAGUGUGUCAAUUAAUUUAUCAGAAUAUGUCUAUGAAGGUAAUAUUACCUACAGUAUUUGGCCUACACAAAACUAAGAAACAAAGUAAAAUACAGGUACCACCGUUAUGUUUCCAAUACAUUGUACUUUUUCAAUUUAUUAUUGCAUUAAUAUUAUUAGAAUGAUUUUUAGUUGCUAUAAAUAUCAACAAGCAAAAUAAUAUUAAUUCUAUUUAAAUAUUUAUCGCGAGAAAUAUACCUUAAUAAAAUAAAAGAUACUUUUUUUUUUUUUUUCAUCAUUUCAAGCUAUAAAGUUAAUAUUAAAUUGGAGAAGUUGCUACGAUAAAAAUGUCUCUAUUUGAAAACAAACAAAAAAAUGUAAACGAUUUUUCUUUUCUUAUUAAUAGUAUUUAUAAUUUGGAACUAUUUUAUUAGUAUAAUCAAUAUGCACAUUAUUACAACAAUUUUGUAAAUUAAAGCCAUUUAAAUAUUAGUAUUAAUGAUGUUAUUGAUAUGAAUAAAGAUAUCAAAUAAGUUUAUGUACAUAUUCCAUUAAAACCGAACAAAUAAACUUUUGAUGUUAAUAGUA